CGUGGCCCGCCGACAUGACGGACCCACAGACUUUAAUCGUCAACUACCUCCACCCCCAGCACAAGGCUUCGUGCGACGAUGGCAAACAGUGUGGCAGAUGAUUUUUGAACUUGGCUGACCGCUGGGCCCCACCUCGCCGCGGCAGAUUCUAGCCCCUCGGGAGAAGCUCCGGUGGCUCGCCGGCGAGAUGAUCGUGUCGGCGCUCGCGACGGCGGUGGGCGUCAACCUGGGCCUGACCGUGCUGCUCGCCUCCACCUACUCACUCCUCCGCCGCCGCCCGCCCUUCGUCUCCGUGUACGCCCCCCGCCGCCCCUACGCGCCGCUCGGGUCCUGGCUCGCCGCCGCGUGGCGCCGCUCCGAGGACGACAUCCAUGCCGCCGCGGGGCUCGACGGCGUCGUCUUCGUCCGCAUUUUCGUCUUCAGCAUUAGGGUUUUCGCCGUCGUCGCUGUGGUGGGCGUCGGCGUGCUCAUGCCGAUAAACUUCCUGGGGGACCAGCUGCGGCUGAUCGACUUCACCGACCUGCCCAGCAAGUCCGUCGAUGUCUUGAGCAUCUCCAACGUCCAGGACGGCUCCAACAAAUUAUGGCUUCACUUCUCUGCUGUGUACAUAAUAACUGGAGUCGCAUGCUACCUGCUGUACUAUGAGUACAAAUAUAUUUCUGGCAAGAGACUUGAGUAUUUUAUGACGUCAAAGCCACUACCUCAGUAUUUCACAGUUCUGGUUCGAGCUAUCCCUAUAACUGAUGGUGGUUCUGUGAGUGAUGCUGUUGAUAAGUUCUUCAAAGAGUAUCAUCCAUCCACCUACUUGUCACACACUGUUGUUCAUCAAACUGGCAGACUCCGUCGCCUUCUUAAUGAGACCGAAAUUAUCUGGAGAAAGCUAAAGAACAUAAAAUAUGUACCACAUGUAUCUCAUAUUGAGAACCGUCCAAAAAAGUUUCUUGGACUAUUUGGAAGAAAUAAUCCUGUCAGGAAAUAUCAGAAAAGGCUGGAAGACCUAGAGGAAAAUGUUAGAAUGGAACAAUCAGAUGCUACUAGGAGACGGGAAAUUCCCGCUGCUUUUGUUUCAUUCAAAUCUCGAUAUGCUUCAGCAAAUGCAAUUUACGUAAGGCAAUCAGACAAUCCAACUGAGUGGCAAACCGAGCAUGCUCCUGAUCCUCAUGAUGUUUAUUGGCCUUCCUUUUCUACAUCAUUCAUGGAACAGUGGAUAUCCAAAUUUGUAGUAUUUGUAGCUUCAGUUCUCCUGAUAAUCGUGUUUCUUCUAGUUGUGGCAUUUAUUCAAGGGCUCACUUAUAUGAACCAACUCGAGGCAUGGCUGCCGUUCCUGAGGAACAUACUGGAAAUAGCCAUUGUCAGUCAAUUGGUUACUGGGUAUCUUCCCAGUGUCAUUCUUCACUUCCUUUCCUCCUAUGUGCCCUCAAUAAUGAAGCUAUUUUCGACCAUGCAAGGAUUUGUGUCUGUCAGUGGGAUUGAGAGAAGUGCUUGCAACAAAAUGCUUCGAUUUACAAUAUGGACUGUGUUCUUCGCAAAUGUUCUUACUGGCUCAGCCUUAGAUCAACUUGACAUAUUCGUUGAUCCAAAAGAAAUACCUCAAAGGCUUGCGGUGGUUGUACCUGCACAGGCAUCUUUCUUUAUUGCAUAUGUGGUGACUUCAUGGACAAGUAUAACAUCAGAACUCACUCAAACUUCUGCCCUUCUGUAUCACCUGUGGGGGAGCUGCGCAAAGUGUUGCAAGAGGGAAGACUCAGAAGCUCCAUCGAUGCACUAUCAUAGUGAAAUUCCUCGGAUUCUCUUGUUUGGACUUCUCGGACUCACGUACUCCAUUGUAGCUCCACUUAUCCUCCCAUUUGUGUUGACUUACUUCUGCCUUGGCUACUUCAUAUUUCGUAAUCAGCUUUGUAAUGUGUACGCACCCCAGUAUGACACCGGUGGAAGAUUUUGGCCCAUUGUGCACAAUACAACCAUAUUUUCUCUUGUGCUGAUGCAUUUGAUUUCAAUUGGAGUAUUUGGAGUGAAGGAAUUUCCACUUGGUUCAAGUCUGCUGGUGCCUCUACCGGUCCUCACACUUCUGUUCAAUGCAUACUGUGGAAACCGAUUUUACCCCAUCUUCGAAGCAUACUCUACCGAGUCAUUGGUAAAUAAGGAUAUACAAGAACAAAGCAAACCAGAGAUGGCAGAGUUCUUCAGCAGUCUUGAAACCGCCUACUCUGACCCGGCUCUGAAGCCUAUCCAGCGGUCUUCGAACUCUGAUGAACGUACUGCACCACUCUUGUCUUCUGUCUAGAUCCAGACAAGUCAUAGGUGGCAUCCUGGCUCUCAUGGUGUGAGAUUUUUCUUUGGUUUUGGACUUUUGAUGAUCAGGUACAUAACAGUACAGGUGUGCUUCUUGUUGUAUUUUUACACGGUAAAGCAGAACUUAGGACACAAAUCAUUGUAUUAUCAUGUUGUACAUUUUUCUUUAGGACAUAAAUCCUUGUAUUGUUGUGUUGUACAUUUCUUUUGGAGGAGUUUGUUGUGCAUAUUUUUUGUGUAUCAGAUUGGGGGCUCGCUUUUUAGAGAUGAAUACUGCAUUUUCGCUUA